AGAUAUGUCAAAUGAUAAAGGAUCAUUGGAAUGUCUUCCAAUUUAUUCAUUUUUCUUUCUGAAUGAAAAAGGCUCAAGCUUAUAUAACGCUUAUGUCCGAAGUGAGGUAGAAGAUAAAUUAGUUAUCAAAAUUGACCAAGAUGGUGAUCAUGCUCCCAAAUUUUCUGUUGCAGAUGAUAUUUCAGAAGUAUAUAGCCUACUUGGGAUUCAUGAAUGUAUUAAUGGCCAAAAACCUUUAAGAGCCGUGAUUGACAUAGAUGCUUUACAAAAAGAUAUGAAAAUAACUGAAAUUAAGGCGCAAGAAGUAUUCUUUCGAAUCUGCCUAUCUUUUAUAAGAGCCUUGUAUCGAAUUCUUGAUUGUAGCUGGGAGGAUAUUCUCAAUAGUUUAGUAAUCACUACAUUAUCGGACUCUAGCAAGUGUAGUUACCAUAUUUUAUACGCAUCAGCUCUUCUUAUUGAUCAUCACGAACUUAAAGCAUUUACUGAAUUAGUAUAUACUAUAACUGGAAAAAAAUUCAGCAAGUUUAUCGAUCGAAAAUUACCUGGUCAAAAUUUUAACCUUUGUCUUAUUGGUUCAGCAAAAAAAGGUCGCGUAAAGCGCAUUCUUCAAUUUUCUUUAGAUAAUGACUGGAAUGAAUUCAAUCACGUUAGGGUUGAACCGCCUUCUAGUUUAGGACUUGAAGUAAGACCUCAGAUGCUUAGUGAAGAAAAAAAUAAUAAUCUAUUAAAAAUAAUCGUAGGUCAGAAUGUAUUGCAAAAAUACGCGAAACUUGUUUUGCAAAAGCAUUCUAACUAUCUUAGGGAUUUGACUAUCGAAGAAAAGAAAGAAAUGAAGGAAAACUUCAUAUAUUUCAACCAGAAAGCUCUACUAGAAUGUAUACUACGUAAAUGUAUACAUGAAAAGGAUCAGAAGUGGUUUAGCCAUGUAUGUGCUAGCAGUAGAAAGUUCAUUGUAAAAUGCUUUCAGCAGAAUAGUGAUGAACCAGGAGAUGUUUUUGAAUGUGACCCAUCUAUUGCGGAAAAAAUUCAGCAAAAAAAUAAAAAUAUAUCUUUGGCGUCUAGCAUUCACAAGAUAAAAGGCCCAGCGACAGAUACAUAUAAGGAGAGAUAUAUAAGACCAUUAUCCAAUGAAGGCGAUAUCUAUGUAGGAUCACCUUGGAAGAUGGGAAAAACAUAUGUUCUAGAGCAUCUUACUAUAUCUGAUGAUGUGAAUUUACUAGUAUUAUCCACACGUCACUUUUACUCGAAUGCUGUUACUAUAAGACUCAAUCUCAAAUCAUAUUGUGAUAUUAAUGGUAAUAUAAAUCGACCUGAUCACAAAAGGGUAGUUUGCCAGAUAGUAAGCUUACAUCGGAUUACUAAUAAUUGUAAAUACGGUAAAAAAUGUAAAUACCCUCCAAUCCAAUAUGAUUUAUGGCUUGAUGAAAUAGUAUCUAUAAUUGCUCAAGCACAAAAUCAUCUGGCAGGUCAAACGAUAGAAAACUGGGCUAAGAAAAUGUCUUCACUAUCUUUUGAGUCUUGGAAAAGUGCUUCACUUAUUUGCCAUCUCAGAAAAGAUGUACAAGGAAUUGUUCAUGCUCUUAAGACUGAUUUUCCAGAACUACAAAUCAAGGAAUAUCAUAGUAAAUCAGAUCCUGAGGAAAAGGCUCGUGAUUUUAGCAAUGUAGAAGAAUUAUGGAAAGACUUAGACCUAAUUGCCUAUACUAGCACUCUAAAAAUAGGAGUAUUAUGUACCAAUCCUAAGUUUGAGUGGGCAUUCUGUCUUUUUAAUAGCUUCAUAGAAACAAAUGCCAGAACGAAUCAGAUGUUAUUUCAAUGCCUUUCCCAAGAACUUCAGAAUAGAGGAAUUUUUUCAGAUAUAGAUUCUAUUAUCCAGAAUAAAGAUGUGCCAACUAUUAGAUUAUGGGCAAGUAUGAUAGUUUCUGUCAUAGAAUUCAUUCCUAAACCUGAAGAUACUACAAUAUUGCUAUUCCAAACAGUGAAGGUGAAUUCUUCUAUUGUUAAAGCAGAGGAAAUAUCAGAUAUAUCUAAUGCUUUUAUUGUCAAUCAUGAGACUGCUGAAUUAUUGGAGAAUAAACCAAAGAAGACUUUAGAAGAGAUGCGUUCUUUAGACCAGUAUCAUAUUGUGGAUUGCUAUGGUAUUUCAUCUGAAUUACUAACCGAAGACUUCAUCUUAAAAUAUGGGAAUUACAAUCACAUAAAAUGGUUUAGAGCUUAUAGGCAACUACGAAAUGCUG